UUUGUUUGGCUUGGAAGGCUGGAAAACUUGAGUUAUGAACACAGAGGGCGUCUAGGAUUCCCCCAGGGUUGAGGACAAGAGAGAGAGCAAAGGGGAGUGGGAGAGAGAAGAGGGUUGUGAAUGUCGGACCCAUAUGAGAGAGCGAAAGCAGGGAGGCUGGCCUUUAAAGGUGGCGUUCUCGCCACUCGCACCAAAUCCAUCAACAAGAAGAAGAAGAAGACCAAGAAGAAUGAAAACUUACCUGACGAAGCCGCUGAAUUUAUCUCCGACGAGGUCGUCGCCGCCGCCAGUGGGGGCGAGGAGGGUUCAGCCGCCGAUAAAGGAGAAGGAGGAGAGAUGGUUUACACAAUCGACGCCGCAAAGCGGAUGAAAUACGAACAGCUUUUCCCGGUCGAGGCCAAGAAAUUCCGUUACGAUCCCAAGUUUAGUUCCAAGACCGUCGAGGACGCUCUUGAUGAUCGUGUCAAGAAGAAAGCCGAUCGUUACUGUAAAUAGAAACAAUCCAUUCACUCAGGCAUACAGGAGGUUCGAUGGAAAGGUGAAGUUGCUGGGGUUUUCUGGUUCUGCCUUUGCUCUGUGUUCCUCCACCUUCUCUAGUUUAGGCUUUUGUCUAAAUCUACACAAUGCAAAGUAUGAUUACUCUUAUCCAAAAAUAUUUGAUACAGUAUUUGUACUUUGUUCGGCAAUAAUAGAUUUUGGUCAUCAAGUGUUGUUGUAUUGUGGAGAAUUCUCUGUUUUGUUAGUAUGAUUAUGUUUGCUUCAAAA